GCGGUUCCUAUUAUCCAUCAGUCUUUCGUCUUUCCACUGGCGAACUAAUUAAUCCAUAGAAAGUCGAGAUGUUGACUCCAGCAAGCUUGAACUCUGAUCACUUCUUGAGCCCUCAGAAAGUCUUCCUAGGAUCGAACUCGUCUGGUUCUUCUUCUUCCUCUUCUUACGCGAACUCCAAGCUUGCAACAGCGUCCUCAUCGGCUCGUCAAUUUUUCGACUCGAGCGAUUCUACCGAUACCACCACACUCGCCUCGGCUGAUUUUGAUGUCGAUGUCCGAUCCGGCUUCCUAUCACCUUCAGCUCCUUUGAAAAGAAUCAGCAAUCCAGUCUAUCAACCCUGGGAGGAUGCUUUAGAGACAAUUAGCAAAUCAAUAUCCCAAACAGCAGAUCAAGAUCAAGAUACAAAACUGAUCGAAAUUGAGGAAUGGAAGAAAUUCAUCGCUUCCGAACUCCCGGUCUUGAAUAUUGAUCCUCUAAGAAAUGAUAUUGUUGAGAUGCGCCGGGCUCACCUUGUCCUGGCAUUCUUGACCCACGCCUUUGUCCAUUCCUUGUCAUCCAACCAACCCUCUCUCGCUGAAACACAAACCCUCAUUCCUCUUUCUUUGGCCGUCCCAUUCUCUGCAAUCAGUCUAGCUUUGGAUAUGCCUCCCGUUCUAACUUACGCCGACACGGUUUUAUAUAACUGGUCAUUCAAAGAACCUCGACUUGGAUUCACAGCUGAGAAUGUUGAAAUCCCAACAACCUUCACACGAUCGGACUCCGAAAGACACUUUUAUAAGACUUCAGUACUGGUAGAGGCGCUCGGCCCAGAAUGUCUGAAGUUGAUGCGCUCAUCAUUGGAUGAGGCAUUCAUGGAGGAUGAGAUCUCAGUCAAACGAAUCGGAAACAAUUUGGGGAGACUGGCGAAACAAAUUGAUCGGAUAUCAAAGGUUCUGAGUGACGUCCGAGCCGGAUGUGAUCCUCGAACGUUCUACUGGGAGAUCAGGCCUUGGUUUAUUGGUGGACGAUGGAUCUGGGAAGGCGUUCAAAUUGAGGAAAAUAACAAAGGGAAAACUGCAGAACAAGCAAGAGAAUUUCUCGCGGAAAGCAAAUGGAAAGAAACUGAGUAUGGAGGGCCAAGUGCUGGACAGAGUACUCUGAUUCACGCAAUCGACGUCUUCCUAGGAGUCGACCACGAGCCGAAUCUGCAAGAACUCUCGAGCGGAAUCCAGGAUGAGGAAACUUUUAUGAACAGGAUGUCAACCUAUAUGCCUCACCAUCAUCGGCUGUUCCUCAAACAGUUAUCUCGCUCCUGCUUGACCCAGCGUGGUCAACCUAACUUGAUCCGAUCAAUCGUCAUCAAUCACCAAGAUCAGAAAUUCAAAUCCGGCCCAAAUAACUUGAAGGAAAAUUAUAAUCUUUGCAUUCAAUCUCUAGAGAAUCUAAGAAAGACCCAUACUCAAAUCGUUUCUCUAUUCAUCAUCUGUCAGAAAAAUUCUUCGCCUCCCGAUCAGUUAUCAGCCUUGAAUUCAACUGAACGUACCCAUCCGUCAUCAUCCACUGCCCCGUGUAACCAAUCAGUCAGUCACGUUGAUUCGCUGGAUGAAAAGCUCAAAGAUCUCACCAAUCGAAAUGGGAAUACAAAGCAGCAAGAAAAUCCAAAUAAGCUACUUGAAGAACGUUCCACAGACAAUCAUACUCAGCCGGAGCCAACGGCGGUCAAACUCGCAGAUCAUGGAGAAAGUCAAAGGGAGAUUCUGAAGGGCACAGGUGGGACUGACUUGUCGAAAUUCUUGAAACGCUGUAAACUGCGCACUACUCAAGCCUUUCUCGAUUGAGUAACAAUUCAGUAUACGGUGCUGCCCCCCCUUCGCUCUCUUCUCAUGUAUUCAUCCAUUGAUGAUGUGUUUUUAAUUCACUUGCUACAUAUGCAACUGUCGUUCAUUCAAGGGAAAGAAACAUCAAUAAUAGUCAUAGAAAUGGUCAUCAUAAUGAUCUGAUGUUGUGUAUUUAAGUGACAUAUUCCAAUUAUCAGUAUGAAAUGUACCUCACGAAAAUCUUACCUU